UGUGUUCUAUCAAUGAGAAAAAGGGGAGGUAGUGCCCAUAUAUUAAUACACAUUUACUCCAAUCUCAUCGGUGAACUAACCUAACUCUUUAACAUAUAUAACAACUAAUAAGGAAGUAAGUGUGUAGCACUAUGAGUGGGAGAGAAGAGAUUGAAAAAAUGAAAACACUGGAUGCAGCAGCAGCAGCAGCAGUGGAGGAAGUGCGUGACAUCGCAAAAUCCUACUACGACUCAGCAACACCGCAAGUGAAGGAGCAGGCAGAGCUCUUCUUCAACUCCAUGGAUCUCGACGGGAACAGGGAGAUCAAUCUGGUUGAGUUCUUGUCAUUCAUGAGACAACAAGGAUACUACAAGAAGAUGCAGAACAACUCAUUCUUCGAGAUGCUCGACAUCUCCGGCCGCGGCACACUGGCUUUCAUGGACGUCAUCACGCUUUAUUACAUCAUCAAAAGCGGCCGCCCUUUCUGCCACUCCUGCCAUCGCUUCAUUCCCGGAACGUUCUUCUCCUGCGUCGAGUGUUUCAAUCAGCUCGGAGAUUCCUUCACUGUGUGCACCUCCUGUCAUCUCAACACUAACAACAAGUACCACCACAAGCACGACGGCCGCUCUGCACUCUUCUUGGACAAUUUUACCCUUCUUCAGGCCACCAAACCUCAUUUACCAAUUACUACUACUACUAAUCAGGAGGCUGCUCAUACUGAACCACCUGAUGUUCUGUUGUCAUCAACUACUGAAACUCAACAACCAUUAUUAUUAAUGGGAAAAGGUGAUUCUGUUUCGACUUCAACUUCCACUUCAGAGAAGAAGCACGCGAAUAGUGAGGCUGCUAAUACUGGAAUAUCAAUAACCGCUAAAACUCAACAACCAUUAUUACUGGGAAAAGGUGAUUCUGCUUCGACUUCGACUUCGACUUCUAAGAAUGGCGACAUGAAGAGCAAGUCAGCUGCCAGUGUAACUGUAACCCCGGCCAAAAGUGUAGCUAAGACUUCGACUCCUAGUGCACGUAUCAAGAGCAGCCAUGAUCGAAAUGCAAUCGUUCCAGCAAUCAAGCCGGCUGCUUCAAUUUCAACUUCAACUUCAACUUCAACUUCAACUUCGGAGAAUGAUUACAUCACUAGCCAUUUGACGGAUGAGUUGUAUAGAGUAGUUCGUGAGCAGACACAGUCGCCUCCGCCUUCACAGCCGCAGUCGCCUAGUCCUCUUGUAAAUCAGUUACCCAAUGUAAAAGUCAAUAAAAUUGAAUCUACUACUUCAACUCCCAAUACCAUUUGUGUGAGGCCCCCAAAUCAACAGGUGACGUGGAUGAAGGCAGCGAGUGUCGCAUUAAAAGCGUUGGAUGCGAUGGUCGCCAUUGGCAGCAUCGCCGGCGCCGUCUCUGCCUGUACGAUCAUGUGAUCAUAUCAAAGGCGGAGUAUCUAUUUUCACUAGUUACAAAUAAAUUAGCAAAGACAUGGUUUAUGGUUAGCGAUUAGCAUCACAUGAAUGAUUGUAACUUUGCGAUUCCUAAAGACUUUAAGUACUACUAUGCUUAUGUUAUUCAUAA